UGAAGUUGUUCUGUGGGCUGAUGGUGACUAGUCUUUGUUUUCUAUACUUCCUAGAAAUUAAGAAGCCACCAGUGGCCCCCAAACCAAAAUCUGUGGUAGGAAACAAGGCAACGCCUCCACCUGUUGCACCGAAGCCUGAUGUUGUACUUUCUGGUGUUUUACAAGCAGCAAGGAAAACCAAGCCAGCAAUUGCACCAAAACCAAAAGUUCUCAAGAGCUCAUCCAUUCCAGAAGUUAAACCUCCAUCAUCUACAAGAAAAAGCACAAAAAGCUUUGAGGAGCACAGGGUAGAUUCUUCUCAAACGCUAGACCAUUUGAACCAUAAAAAUGAAGCCUCAGAAGGGAGUACUAGUAACAGAGCAUAUAUUCUACCAAUGCCAUCUUGCAAAUUUGAAUGCCUUAAUAAACUUGGAAAUAGGGAGAACACCUGUAAAACUCAGAUCAUUUUUGAGCACUUUGAAAACUUAGAGAAUAUCAAAGUUGGUGACAAAAACGAUAGUCACAAUGAAAAACUGGCAAAUAGAAACGAAGUGGUUUUAAAAGCCAGCAUUUUGGAAGAUAAACUUAAGGAUGUUUUAACUCAUAGUGUGUUUCCUAACAGUAGUCCUGUGAGGCACAGGUAUGCAGACAAACUUGACAAAGGAAAUGGCAGUGGUUCCAAAAACAAUGUUAAAAUAGAGUUUUUGGAACUUGUGCAGUCUUCGUCAUCUUCUGAGGUAGCUAAAGGGAAGCAACAAAAUACUGACGGUAAGCUCACUGAUGAUGAGUUUCAUGUGUCUGAAAUUUGUCCUAAUUUGCCUGAAAAUAACCACAGUUGUUCUUAUGCAUUGGACCAGCUAGUCCUGGAAAAUGAAAAUUUAAGUGGCGAUAGUACAUUUUCAGGUGAAAUAGGUAUGAAGGCAGAUGCCAGUAAAGCCUCCUCUGAAACACCUUCGGUCCGGAGCUCAAAAGUACUUCCUAUCCCUAAGCCAAGAAAGCCACGUGCUGCAUGUCUUGUCCGUCAGGAUGGCAUAGACAGCACAGGAGAGGGAACAAAGGAACUGCCUAAUUCAGAGAAAGAUUCCGUUGGGCCUGUGGACCAAAACUUUAAAAAGCCAGCAAAAAUUAAUAUCCUUGGUCAAAGUGUUUGUUAUAACAAUAAUACAGAAGUACUUCAUCCUGAAAAGUGUGAAUUAACUCAAAACAACGCAGACAAAAGGCAUCAGGUGAAGGAAACUGCUACAGAAGAGUCAACUUCACAAAAUCUUUUGCCUACGUUGUCACACAAAACUUCUGAUUUGGUGGAAAGUGUUGAAUGUUCUUUAGAUGCAGACCGUAACCAUUUUAACUCCAUGGAUGAGAUGUCAGAUGAUAACAGUAUGCUAGAUGCUGUGGACAAAAGGACUAACUUUGUUAGGUGUGAUACUUUGUCCAUGAGUUUGCCAAAGCAACUCAAAUUAACUAGCGUUCAGUACUCAUCUGCUUCCAGUAGCCUCCAUGUUUCCCCACAAAAACUGGAAGAUAAAGAAGGUAAAAUAAAGGACGAAAUUUCUCCAAAAAUUGUUCCUAAGAAACCACAGAGGCAUAGCCUUCCAGCUGCUGGCCUGCUGAAAAAAGCUGCAUCAGCAGAGCUUGUGGAGAAACAGUCUUACACCUCCAAUGAGGGCAAAUCAAACAGCGUUCUGGAAGGAUCUCACUUCACACAUCAACCAGCCAAGGAGCAAGGCGUACUGUCAUCCUGUGAUAUACCCAAACGUUCUUCUGAGAAACCCGUCUGGAAGUUACCUCAUCCUAUUCUUCCAUUUUCAGGAAAUUCUGAAUCAUUAAAAACUGCUAACAUGGCUACCAACUUCAACCACUUAACUAUUGUGACGAAGCCUAGGGCUAAAUCUCUCUCUUCUGUGGACAUGGAAAGGACAGACAAGCCUAGCAAAGACCAUCACAAGAAAAACAGCUUAAAAAAGUUUCUCAACAUGAAACUGUCGGUGUGCUUAAUGAAAAGUGACUUCCAAAAGUUUCUGACUAAAGGCAGCCAGUCAAUGGAUAGUGCUAUUGCCAACCUUGCCACCAGGGAUGGGUAUGGAAGUGCUAACAACCAGAAUAUGGCAUCUGUAGGCAGUGAGAGGAAAGCUAAAUCUGCCAAGGCACAUUCUGUAGAAAUAAGUAGUCCGGCAUUACAGAAGAGGCAGAGAAACAGAAGUCAGCCUGAGAUGCGAAAUAACCAGAGGCUGGAGUCUUUAGAUGGGAAUGUACUUUUGGGAGAGAAUUUGUCACAAAUGCAUUUGAAUCCUGUAACUGGCACUUGUGCUCCGGAGUACGAGAACAUGCGUCACUAUGAGGAAAUACCCGAGUAUGAGAACUUGCCUUUUGCUAUGGGUGCAAGGAGAAAUCUCUGUUUUGAAUGGCAGAGCUCCAGCAGCAUGGAAGACCAGAGCCUUGGUUUCUAUGAGGUUGAGGAGCCUUGUGAAGCUACAAGCAGACAUUUGAAACUUGGCAGGUCCUUAGAAGAACAUCAUAAUCAUGCUAAUGUAAUGGGAGAUCUUCAGUCAGAUGAAGAAGAUAUCAUGAACAGUUCUGAUGAAGAUGAUGACACAAAUUCUGAUUCCAGCAAAGGAGAGCCUGAUUCUCAAGAAGAUAAACAGGCAGCUGGAAAGAAAACAAAGGUUUACCAUAUUGCCAAGGAGAUAAUGAGUUCAGAGAAAGUGUUUGUGGAUGUGCUAAAGCUCUUACACAUUGAUUUCCGGGACGCUGUGGCACAUGCCUCUAGGCAGCUUGGAAAGCCAGUGAUUGAAGAUAGAAUCCUGAAUCAGAUCCUGUACUACCUACCUCAGCUGUACGAACUCAAUCGAGACCUCCUGAGGGAACUGGAAGAGCGAUUAUCUCACUGGUGA